AUGUGCCCCAAGGCUGCGUUACAAAAGAGAUAUGACCUUAGUCGACAUGACUACGCCAUGUGUCAAACGCAUAUGAGCUCUCAGAACCGCCUUCUCAUCAAGAAUGGCUGCAUCGUCAACGCUGAUGGUAUGGAAGACGCUGAUGUUUACAUCGAAGAUGGAGUUAUCAAGCAAGUUGGUAGGAAUUUAAUAAUUCCUGGUGGUACUCGCACUAUCGAUGCCACCGGUAAACUAGUGAUGCCCGGUGGUAUCGACCCACAUACACACUUCGAACUAGAGAUGAUGGGCGCCAAGACAGCUGACGACUUCUAUAAGGGCACACGAGCAGCCGUAGCUGGUGGUACCACCACUAUAAUUGACUUUGUUCUACCUCAGAAAGGACAGUCAUUGAUAGAAGCCUAUCAAAAUUGGAGGCAGAAGGCUGAUAAUAAGGUAUGUUGCGACUAUGCUCUACACGUGGGUGUAACUUGGUGGUCACCAUCAGUUAAAAAGGAGAUGUAUCAAUUGGUACAAGAUCACGGUGUGAAUUCCUUCAAGAUGUUCAUGGCGUACAAAGAUGUUUGGAUGCUGGAUGAUUAUAACUUGUGCCUGGCUAUGGAAGCUUGCAGUGAAUUGAAGGCAUUACCUAUGGUUCACGCAGAAAAUGGCAGUAUAAUAGCACGUAACUCAGAAAGGCUACUAGCAGCUGGAGUCAAAGGUCCUGAAGGUCACGCUGCAUCCAGGGAUGACCAGGUGGAGGCAGAGGCCGUCAACCGGGCCUGUGUCAUCGCCAACCAGAUGGACGCUCCUCUAUACAUAGUCCACAUGAUGUCUUCUGCCGCGGUACAGUCUCUAUGUAACGCGCGUCGUGUCGCUAAACGACCAAUGAUCGGUGAAACUUUAGCAGCCACUGUUGGAACUGAUGGUAAGUUAGAGAUUGUCACUAUCAUGCUAGGCAAAUUCUCAUUACUGUAUAACCCGCCAGGCUCGCACUACAAGAACGCGUGUUUCCGCCACGCCGCCGCCCACGUGCUCUCCCCACCACUCCGAGACCCUCACACACCGGAGGCCAUUAUCGACGCUCUGGCGCAUGAUGAUCUCCAAGUGAUAGCCAGCGACAACUGCACCUUCAAUGAGAAAGACAAGGAACUGGGGAAAAAUGACUUCACUAAGAUACCCAACGGAGUGAACGGUGUAGAAGAUAGAAUGGUUAUACUGUGGCAGAAAGCUGUUAAUACUGGUAUAAUGGAUCCUUGUCGUUUCGUGGCCGUGACCAGUACUAACGCGGCCAAUAUCUUCAACCUGCCCUCCAAGGGUCGGGUCACAGUGGGCGCGGAUGGUGACGUCAUCGUGUGGGACCCGCGCUUAGAGAAAACCAUUUCAGCGGCCACACACCACCACGCUGUGGAUUUCAAUAUAUUCGAGGGUCAACGUGUAGUGGGCGGUCCACAGUAUGUUAUCGUGAAUGGUCGAGUGUGUCUCGACGACGGCGACCUUAGAGUGGCUGAAGGUUACGGUAAAUUCUUACCCACACCACCAAAUUCUCCGUACAUGUACGGUGAAGUACCCACCACGCCACAACCGAAGAGAGUUGAACACGAGGCAUCACCCGCUAGGGUCACUAACGGGACUCCCACCGAGCUUCAGAUAUCUCAUAAACUAGAAGCGACAUCUGUAUCUGGCUGUAGUACACCGACUGGGAGGAAGAUGAGGGAACCGGGGCAGAGGAACUUACAGAACUCAACCUUCUCUAUCAGCCAGGAAAUGGAGGGACUAGACACGAAGACCUCCGUCCGCGUACGGAACCCACCCGGCGGGAAGUCAUCCGGCUUGUGGUAG